AUGGUGUCCUCCCGUGCGCUCAUCGGCCUCCUCGUCGCCGCGUCCUCCCUCGCCGUCGCUCUCUCGGAUGGCGGCGCGACGUUGUUCAGUUACGAGGUGGGGAGCCCCGACGGGCCGCAGAACUGGGGGAAGCUGAGCCUGGCGUACAAGGCGUGCGGGCAGGGGAAGCAGCAGUCCCCGAUCGACAUCGUCACCAAGCAGGCCGUCCCCAACGCCCACCUCGACUCCCUCAACCGCACCUACGGCGCCGUCAGCGCCACGCUCAUCAACGACGGCCACGACAUCACGCUGGAGUUUGGGGGCAAAGUUGGGACGAUAACCGUGAACGGCAAGGUGUACAGCUUCGACAAGAUGCACUGGCACUCGCCGUCCGACCACACCAUCAACGGCCAGAGGUUCCCGCUGGAGCUCCACCUCGUCCACAAGAGCGCCGACGGCGCGCUCGCCGUCAUCGGCAUCCUCUACCAGCUCGGCGCCCCUGACUCUUUCUACUACCAGCUGAAGCGGCAGCUUGUCGAGAUGGCCAACGACCAGUGCCACUUCGGCGAGGAGGAGUCGCACGUGGAGGUGGGGCUCAUCCACCUGCGCUCGAUGCAGAAGCGCACCGGCAGCUACUUCCGGUACACGGGCUCCCUCACCGUGCCGCCCUGCACCGAGAACGUCGUCUGGAGCGUCCUGGGGAAGGUGAGGCAGAUCAGCAAGGAGCAGCUGGAGCUGCUCAAGGCGCCGCUACCCGGGAACGACAACCGCCCCACGCAGCCGGUCAACGGCAGGAAAGUCCAGUUCUACAACCCGCCCAACAGCACCAUCUCCUUCCAGAUGUAA